CAGGGGUGCUCAGGAGCCCUGUAGCCCUUGCUUUUCUUACCCAGAACUGCUUUGAGACAGCAGCAGAGUUCUGGUCUGCGUGGACCUUCCCGGGUGGACCCUGGAGCAUGGAACACAUCCAUGACAGUGAUGGUUGUUCCAGCAGCAGCCACCAGAGCCUCAAGAGCACGGCCAAGUGGGCAACCUCCCUAGAGAAUCUGCUGGAAGACCCGGAAGGCGUGAAGAGAUUUAGGGAAUUUUUAAAAAAGGAGUUCAGUGAAGAAAAUGUUCUGUUUUGGCUAGCGUGCGAAGACUUUAAGAAAUUGCAAGAUAAGAAGCAGAUGCAGGAAAAGGCCAAGGAGAUCUACAUGACCUUUCUGUCCAAUAAGGCCUCAUCGCAAGUCAAUGUGGAAGGGCAGUCGAGGCUCAAUGAGAAGAUCCUGGAAGAGCCACAUCCUCUGAUGUUCCAGAAACUCCAGGAUCAGAUCUUCAAUCUCAUGAAGUAUGACAGCUACAGCCGCUUCUUAAAGUCUGACUUGUUUUUAAAACACAAGCGAACUGAGGAGGAGGAGGAAGAUCAACCUGAUGCUCAAACUUCAGCUAAACGAGCUUCCAGAAUUUAUAACACAUGAUCCCCGAAAAGCCAGGACUGCUGCCUUCACAGAGCAGAGGGACUUAUUCUCAGGACUGUGCAGGGUUGUCAUUGCUUUGUAAUGUGCAAAGAUGGAAAUGUACAAAACCCCUUAGUGGGUAUGUGUAUCUUAUUAACUGCUUGGCCAGUAAGUUUUGCAUGAUGACUAAUCUUACAUAAAAAAAUAGCUUUGAGUUUUCAGUUCACAAAACAGAGAUUUCUUCAACAUUGGACAUUGGGAGCAUUUUACAGCUUGAUUAAACUUUAUGUGAGGCCACAGGGUGAAGCCUACAGCCACA